CGAACCACCGACAGAGGGCGCCGUUUCAAUCCCGCGCAGGCCGAAAGAGCAGCAGCUUUUACCUCACUGCCCUUCCAGCAGCAUCUCACCUUCAGCCGGCCACACGCACAUCCGCCGACGCCCCCGACGGAGACACCAGAGAGGCAGGAGACACAAGAGAAAAGCAAACGGGGCGAAAGCGUUCAGCACCAGGGCCAACUGAUUUAAUAAUGUAGGGCUUGUUUGUGCGCUCUGACAUCUAAUUUAGCCUGCCCGCUUCACUGCGACACAGAAAAUCCCGCAUAGAUCUACCGCAACCGAUCAGCCCGGCUUGUCCUUCGCACCUCCCGGGACGCAAGCAGUCGACCUCCUUCCGCCAAUCCGCUGCUGUUUGGUUUGUUUUGCCUUUUUCCCCCCCAUUUGGGCAGUCGGAUCAGGCCGCAUCUGCUCGCCCUCCAGCCUCAGCAGCAUCAUCUUCCCAGCAGCAGCAUCAUCAUCCUUCUCCUCAACGCCACCCUCGAAUCUGCGCAAUGGCCGACGUACCAGCGGAGUGCAACAUAAAAGUGCUGUGUCGCUUUCGCCCCCUCAACCAGUCCGAGAUCAUCCGCGGGGACCAGUUCCUGCCCAAAUUUCAAGGGGACGACACAGUGAUCGUGGGGGGGAGGCCGUAUGCUUUUGAUCAUGUGUUUCCAACCAACACCACCCAGGAGCAAGUCUACAAUACCUGUGCCAAGCAGAUUGUCAAGGAUGUGCUCAGUGGAUACAAUGGCACCAUCUUUGCAUAUGGACAAACGUCCUCUGGGAAGACUCACACCAUGGAGGGAAAGCUGCACGACCCUCACCAGAUGGGCAUCAUUCCUCGCAUUGCUGAGGAUAUUUUCAAUCACAUCUUUGCGAUGGACGAAAACCUGGAAUUCCACAUCAAGGUUUCCUACUUUGAAAUCUACAUGGACAAAAUCCGCGACCUGCUGGAUGUGACAAAGACCAACUUGUCUGUCCAUGAGGAUAAGAACAGGGUUCCAUAUGUUAAGGGAUGCACUGAGCGCUUUGUGUCCAGCCCUGACGAGGUUAUGGAUGUGAUUGAUGAAGGCAAAGCCAACCGUCAUGUUGCUGUGACCAACAUGAACGAACACAGCUCUCGCAGCCACAGCAUCUUCCUGAUCAACAUUAAGCAGGAGCAUGUGGAGACGGAGCAGAAACUGUGUGGGAAACUCUACCUGGUGGAUCUGGCUGGCAGCGAGAAGGUGAGUAAGACCGGAGCUGCUGGUUCUGUCCUGGACGAGGCUAAAAACAUCAACAAGUCUCUCUCUGCUCUGGGGAAUGUCAUCUCUGCUUUGGCCGAGGGAACGAAAAGUCACGUUCCGUACCGCGACAGCAAAAUGACCCGCAUCCUGCAGGACUCGCUGGGCGGGAACUGUCGCACCACCAUGUUCAUCUGCUGCUCUCCGUCCAGCUACAAUGAAGCCGAGACUAAAUCAACUCUGAUGUUCGGACAGCGCGCCAAGACCAUAAGGAACACGGCCUCCAUUAACCUGGAGCUGACCGCCGAGCAGUGGAAGAGGAAGUACGAGAAGGAGAAGGAGAAGAACAAGACGCUAAAGGAGACAAUUCAGAAACUGGAGGCGGAGCUCAACCGCUGGAGAAACGGAGAGGACGUACCUGAGACUGAGCGGACCACGUCAGACAUGGUGACUCGCAUCGAGACCGUGGAGGAGCGCCCCAUUCUGGACAACGACACCUCCUCCAUUGUGGUCCGCAUCUCCGAAGAGGAGCGGCAGAAGUAUGAAGAGGAGAUCCGCAAGCUGUACAAGCAGCUGGAUGACAAGGAUGAUGAGAUCAACCUGCAGUGUCAGCUGGUGGAGAAACUGAAGCAGCAAAUGCUGGACCAGGACGAGCUCCUGGCCUCGUCCCGGGGAGACGGGGACAAGGUCCAGGCUGAGCUCGGCAGGCUGCAGGUGGAGAGCGACUGCGCCAAGGCCGAGGUGAAGGAGGUACUUCAGGCUCUGGAGGAACUGGCCAUUAACUACGACCAGAAGAGCCAGGAGGUGGAGGAGAAGGGCCUGCAGAACCAGCUCUUGGCCGACCAGCUGUCCCAGAAAAUGGCGAGUCUGAUGGAGCUGGAGGCCGAGCUCUCUCGUAUGCAGGAGGUGAGCGGUCAGCAGAGGAAGCGCAUCGCCGACGUCCUCAACGGACUCAUGAGGGACCUCAGCGAGUUCAGCACCAUCGUCGGGAAUGGAGAGAUAAAGCUGCCUGUGGAAAUCAGUGGCGCCAUCGAGGAGGAGUUCACCGUGGCCCGCCUCUACAUCAGUAAGAUCAAGUCGGAGGUGAAGAGCAUGGUGAAGCGAUGCCGCCAGCUGGAGAACAUGCAGCUGGAGUGCCACCGCAAGAUGGAGGAGACCGGGCGGGAGCUCUCCUCCUGCCAGCUCCUCAUCUCUCAGCAUGAGGCUAAGAUCCGCUCUUUGACUGAGUACAUGCAGAGCGUGGAGCAGAAGAAGAGGCAGCUGGAGGAAAGCCACGACUCCCUGACUGAAGAGCUGGCGAAGCUGCAGGACCAGGACAACUCUGUGCUUGAGGAGAAAGAUGGAGAGAAGGGUGAGAUCGAGGAUGGAAAUACGAAGAAAGCGCUUCGUCAGCAGGGGGAGUCUCACCGCGGCCUCCAUCACAAGCAGCUCACCCGUCUGCGGGAUGAGAUCAACGAGAAGCAGAGGGUCAUCGAUGAGCUCACCGAUCGUAACUCCAAGCUGGAGCUGGAGCUGGCUCAGGUGCGUGCCGACUUUGAUCGCCUGAAGAGUCAGGACAGCUGCAAGAGCGAGCGCCUGGAGGAGCUUUCGUUCCUGCAUGAGCGCCAUGAGCAAACCAAACAGGACCUGAAGGGUCUGGAGGAGACUGUAGCCCGUGAACUCCAGACCCUCCACAACCUGCGCAAGCUGUUCGUUCAAGACCUCACGUCGCGGGUUAAAAAAAGUUCCGAAAUGGAGCCUGAUGAUAGCGGGGGGUCGAGCACCCAGAAGCAGAAGAUUUCCUUUCUUGAGAAUAACCUGGACCAACUUACAAAGGUUCACAAACAGCUGGUUCGUGACAAUGCAGAUCUGCGUUGUGAGCUUCCAAAGCUGGAGAAACGUCUUCGGUCUACUGCUGAGAGAGUUAAGGCCCUGGAGACUGCACUGAGAGACGCCAAAGAGGGCGCCAUGAUGGACCGCCGCCGCUACCAGCAGGAGGUGGAUCGGAUCAAGGAGGCCAUGAAGUCUAAAAUCGCUCUUAGACGCCCCCAUGCUGCACAGAUCGCAAAACCAGUGAGACCAAAGCAGCUGCCUGUCUGCUCUCCCACCAACCCGUUUUACGCCUACAUCCGGGCCACAGAGCACCCCAACGCCUACAGCAAUGCCCUCUUCCAGAGCAGCACGACACCCAAGAGCUCCUCCAGCAUCGACUGCAACCUGAACUCUGUGCAGAGCAACGCAGUUUCCACAGCUCUGGGCUACAGGGCAGGGAGAUAUAAUGGAGAUGUGCUGGAGUCCUACCCACUCAACAUUGACAACGGAAACAGCAUCAAUGAAACCAGAGACAUAAAUGACAACAGAAGUGACAUUCGCUGUGGCAGCGAGGCGGAUGACUCAAACAGGCACAACAGCAUGCAGCAGCCGCAGACUGCUUCAAGUUAGCUCAACCAAACACUGUAACCCUUGAAGGACCCUCCCGUUUCGUUUGCAUGCAGCCUCUGUGACCUCCGUCCACCGCACCACCACUGAUGAUGAAGAUGAAGAUCUGUAGGCCUGUGGUAGAUGAAGCCCCCUCCUGUUCCCUUUCUUGCUCUCCAUUUUGGGUUCAGUCCCUCCCGGUUCAGCCGGUGCUGAGCAUGUUCUCUCAGGCUCUGCUUCGCUCAGACAGUCUAAUCACAGAUGAAUCUAGAUUAUUGAUCUGUGAGUUCAUCAACCGGGCCGGUAGAUAUCACUGCCUGAGGUGGCUGAACCGAACCAGGACUGGACCCAGAUUGCUCGAUGCUCACACUUUGUAAAUAUAGUAGUGCUGUAUACUCCUGCAGUUCUUUUUCUUCUUUUUGUUUUCGACCAACAACUGUUUGUCCAAAUUGCCACACUUGCUCUGCUUGAGCAACCAUGAAUCUUUUAUUCUGUCGUAAAUAAGAGCAAAAUCCAGCUAUUUAUGACAUAGUUGUAAAUAGCAGCUAUGUCGUAGCUGCUAUUUACUACGACAUAGCUUUUUUGUGCAGUCUUUUUGUGCAUGCCGCUUAAGUUUCCUGACCAAGCUUUCAAAUCUCUCUGCAUGUGUCUUAUAUGAAGCUGGCGACAGAUGCUAGAAACAAGAAACAAGAGAGGGAUGAUUUCCUUCAGUCCACAUCUUGGUGUCAGUGCUGUAUGUUUUCGAUCUCAAAGUAAAUCUCAGUGCAGAUUUAGGUCAUUGUAAAUUUAAAAAAAAAAGGCAAAAACACAACGAAUAUUCGAGUGAAUCCCAGCUAAGAUUCGCAGUUGCAUUGAGUGAAUCUCGACUGACUGCUUUGAUAAUGCUGCAGCUGUACGAUGGUCCUCUGGCCAUUCCCUGCACCGCUCACACACUUCAGUGUCCCCUUUACCGAGCCUUAACAUCAACCGAUACUUCACAGUCAACUGAACUCGCUGGCAUUUGCAUAAAGUACAUUUGUAAUUACUACCUCUAGAGCAGCUUGUUGUUUAUGAAUACCUUUCUUUUCAAAUGCUGAUUAAAAAAGAGCUGAUCCUAGAGUUUCUACAGACAGUUGUAACUUUAGAAUAAGAGUACGUAUAAGUAGAUUUUGACGUAUUAACCAUAACUGUAGUUUUCGCCUCAUGCUGGUUCAUAAAAUAAAAAAAAUACAUUUUUAUUUCCUCAGAGCUUGGCCGAUGCGAUGGUGUUUGCAAAAAUGGCCUUUUCUGCUUUGAAAGGACACCAUGGAACUUUGUUGUUGUUAUUUGUCACAAGACUUGACUCCAGAUUUUUGCAUACAUCCUUUCCCAAAUGUGCAGAAAAGCAGAGGCUGUUUUUUUUUUUUUUAACAUUUGACAUAUGGGCAGUUGCCCAGGACGGCAUUAAAAAACGGGCGCACAAACACCAUAUCCACUAUGUAACCUAUUUACCUGUUUGUCGCGUUCUUAAUAAGUUUUCUAUCGUUUCUGACAUGUGCAAUUAAAUGAGAAUUGGUACCUCCAUGUUGUGUCCGAUCCUGCUCACAUUGGGACCACAUAGGCUUAGGCACAAGCUGCUCUGUGACGCCUUGUUUUCCUUCAGGUAGAGUGGUUUGGUGCUAAAUUUGGCUUUGCACGACUGGGGGAUGAAACUGGAACCGUUUCCAUGGGUGUUUUUAUCAUGGAAAGCAGAAUCGAAAGGGAGGAAGUAGCAGAAGUGGAUGGGGGGCGAGAAGGAAGUGAAGGAUCCUUCAGAGACAGUAUGGAAGCUGUUACUGAGGACCCAAACAUUGAAUGCUUCAGGUUUGAUUCCCGACUGAUCAGCCACCAGUGCGGGACUUUUUGAAGAAGUUGUGUGUCCUGUUGUUGUUCUUCUGCAAAAUCCUGACCAGCCAAUCAGGAUAGAGGAAAGCAGCACUUCUUAUGGGUGGGAGUCAAGUUUGCUGUGAAUCGUUGUCUCAAAAUGGAAAGGAAAGAGUUAAGUGAGCAGCUAAACACCCAACCAUCUUCUGUCUUCUGCAGUAAAUCUGACCGAACUUCAGAGUUUAAUUAGCCAAUUACACCAAAAAACCCCCAAAAAACAGAUUUAAAAAUGCUGAAACAUUUAUCCCGUGCAAAUUCCUCCGUUCUUUUUCAUCACAUUACCGCUCGGUCUGAUGCUCUUGCUGGCAUUAAUAACAUCUCAGGGCUUAUUACACACAUAGUUAAAGCAGGCAUACAUCACCGCCAUUGUCUUCCUCCUGAGCUAUGUGAUUGCUGAUGAACAAUCAACCUGAUCAGUGUCAGUGUAUCCUCCUUCAGUCUAAGCAAAUGAGCGAGGUGACUCGUGAGAUUGGAAAAGAUAUGUAAUAACCAUGCCUCCGUUCUAACUCAUAGCCUUUCAACCCUGCAAACCUUCAGUCUUAUAUCAUAUUUACAUUUUUUUAAUAGAUCUGCAUUAGAAGGAUUGUGUAAUAUGUCGUCAUCUGCUGUUACACUGUCUGAACUCAACAUAUCUACGAUACAUGUGCUAUAUAUUGGUAAACCUGUAAGUAAAAAGGCGCAUCAUGACAUAGUAGGAUGCACGCUGACCUCGUUCAGAGAAAUGCUCCUUUUAUUUCUUUCUGUAUGCUUCUAAUUGUAGUGUCGACAUGAUUAUGUGAAGAGUCACCUUGCAGAAUAUCUGUAAAUAUAGAUUCAUCACUAUGCUGUAUGUAAACCUGUGUGUUGUAGUAAAAAAGUUCAAUAAAACUGUAAAAAUGG